UCAUCGUAUGUUGAUCGCCGUGGCACAAAAGCUGACGGCCUUCGGGUUUCUGAUGUUCACUUUUCGUCCAGCGGAGGGCGAUCGCGAGGCCCCGCCCUACCCUGCCGUCGAGGAAGAGCAUCGCCGAGCUGCCCUGAGCCUCCGCACCAGCUCAAGCGGGCUCUUCUCUCCUUGCGCCCGCCUCCCGCCUCCGGGGGCUCUUCCGUCUUCGCGCCUGCGCUCCCCCUUCGCCAUCGCCUCCACUGCGGAACAUCGGGCCCUUUUCGUGGCGUCACCCCCCCGCCAUCACCUUGACCAGCGCACAGCCACCUGCGGGCCAACAUGGACAACAGCGGCAAAGAGAAGGAGGCCAUGCAGCUCAUGGCCGACGCCGACAAGAAGGUCAAAGCGUCCGGCUCCUUUCUCGGCGGAAUGUUCGGUGGAAACCACAAGGUGGAGGAUGCCUGCGAGAUGUACGCGCGAGCAGCCAACAUGUUCAAGAUGGCAAAGAACUGGAGCGCUGCCGGCAAUGCAUUCUGCCAGGCGGCCCGACUCCACAUGCAGCUUCAAAACAAACUGGACUCGGCCACCAGCUUCGUGGACGCGGGCAACGCUUACAAGAAGGCCGACCCGCAAGAGGCCAUCAGCUGUCUAAAUCAAGCCAUCGACAUCUACACCGACAUGGGUCGCUUCACCAUCGCAGCCAAACACCACAUCACCAUCGCGGAGAUCUACGAGUCGGAGCUGGUUGACAUUGAGAAGGCCAUCGCCCACUACGAGCAGGCGGCCGACUACUACAAAGGCGAAGAGUCAAACAGCUCGGCCAACAAGUGCCUGCUGAAGGUGGGGCACUACAGCGCCCAGCUGGAACAGUACCAGAAGGCCAUCGAGAUCUAUGAACAGGUGGCCAUGAGCACCAUGGACAAUCCUCUGUUGAAGUACAACGCCAAAGAAUACUUCUUCAAGGCUUCGCUGUGUCACUUCAUCGUGGACGAGCUCAACGCGAAGUUGGCUAUCGAGAAGUAUGAGGAGAUGUUCCCCGCUUUUUCCGAUUCAAGAGAGCUGAAACUUUUGAAGAAACUUCUGGACGCCCACGAGGAGCAGAACAGCGAAGCCUUCACCGAGGCCGUCAAGGAAUUUGACUCGGUGUCCCGCCUGGACCAGUGGCUCACCACCAUGCUGCUGCGCAUUAAGAAGACCAUCCAGGGGGACGCCGGAGACCUGAAAUAGAGCGGGGGGGGAUGUGUGUGAAUUUGUACAUAUCAGUCUGCAUGCGACCCCUCCCAACAAGCUCAGCAUCACCUGUAGACCGCCUCCGUGUGUCCCUCCUCACACGCGCAGGUACUCAUUCGCUAUUGUAAUUUGGAGAAAGUACGAAUGAGUGGAUGUAAAAAAUGUGUGCUGCUUAUUUGGUGGGGAAUGUGAGAUGAUCAGAAAAGGUUUAUGAUGUCCAUAUAGAAAUGAUUUAUGGGUUGUUGUAGUGCUCAGUGGUAAUAUUUUAGCUCUUAGCCUCACUCCAUGUGGCCCUUUUUGGUCACGUGCGCUCUUCUGUGACAUCAUCGCUCACUGCUCGCCUCCCGUCGUGACCAUUCCGUGGGCUUGGUUUGUGCGUGUCUGUACUCAUGUUGAUGUGUUCUGCGUGUCGUGCUAACGUGGGGUGGGAGGGGAGCACUUGUGCCUGUAGUUUGUGUUGUCAUUUGUGCGCAAUGGGUAAAAACGUAUCUUGAAAUAAAUACAUUAUCAUGCCAGA